UCAUGCUGCUGCCAGGUCCAGAGUCUCUCAUGGGUCCCUGUACGGCCUCCCAUUGCUGCUGUCUCCAUCGCCACACUCUGCCAUGUGCCACUUUCAGGUCUCCUCACACACUGCUGGGUUCAAUUUUAUCAUAGGGUGCUGGCAGAUUACGGGCCUCCCAUUGCUGCUGCCAGGCCUUAAUCUGCCAUGGGCCCCUGUACCGCCUCCUCAUGCUGCUGCCAGGUCCACAGUGUCUCAUGGGUCCCUGAACCGCCUCCCAUUGCUGCUGUCUCCAUCGCCACACUCUGCCAUGUGCCACUUUCAGGUCUCCUCACACUGCUGGUGUGUUACAUUUUUUGUC